GUUGCUUUACAGGGAAUAACUGAAAAGCAAAGGCUUCAUAUACGAGAGGAAUUAAUUGAAAUCGGCACAGAAUGUAUUCUAAAAAACCCUAUUACGAUAGAAGAUGUUAGGUCUUUUAGAAAUAAACAAUUUCCCAACGGUGCAAACGCAGGAUGCUUUAUUGCUUGCGUAUUUAAUAAAGCAGGAAUUUUUAAUGACGAAGGGUUAGUGUCGAAAAAAACUGCAACAGAAAAAGCAACAAAAGUCUUCGAUGACGAAACUGAAUUAAAGAAUUAUGAACAAUUUAUUGCUGUGUGUGAUAAAGUUAACGAAGAAAGCGUAAGCGAUGGGCAAAAAGGUUGCGAACGGGCGAAACUAGCAUUCCAAUGUCUCAUUCAAAACUCCAAACAGGUAUUUAUACCAUACAAUUUAUUGCUAGGCAGUAGAUAA